AUGCCUGGAGACCAACCCGCCAUCGCCAUGGUGGGAUCCCAAGCAGAUUCGACGCUGCUCCCAGCGCCCAUCGCCCAGGCUAUCAGUCUAGCCACGAGAUCUACGCAGCUCGCCAUCCGCGUCACCUCCAUCUUUGGUACCUAUACGCUUUCGACGGCCAAGUUCACCACCCUCUCCAGCCUGGAGCUCGCACGAGGCAUCGUCGAAGGUGUCUUGAUACGCGCAGGCGGAGAGACGGCACUGGGGUCGCCAUACGCUGUCACGGACGCGGAGGGAAUUCUGGAGCGCAGCCUGGAAGUUCUGCACCAUGCAGUUAGCCACGCUGCCUUUUGGACAUCGGCGUCCUUCCAGCUGACAGGCACGACGCUGUCUGCCGUGAGCGAUGUCUCGACCUUGAUCUUGAGCUCGCUGGACCAAAUUCUCGGCAGUACCGACUCGUCUCGAGCCAUCGCCAGCAUUGUCACGCUUAUUAGGCGGGAGUUCAACAAUGGCCAGGAAAAGGUCGGCGUGACAGACCUGGUGCUCGCGUUGAGUGCACUCGCCUACCUCCAGGGUGCUUGUAGGAAAGAGCUGGACAGCGAGAGGAAGACUCACGGCUCCGAAGAAAUCAUUUGGGACGUGGUCGUCGUGGAUGACGGCUUACGAAUCGACGUGCCAGGAACGGAGGCUCCGAAAAGCCCAGCGACAAGUCCUCCCGCAGAGAGCGCCUUGCUUGGCGCAGAGGACGAGGAUGAGAGGACCCUGGAGCGGCUGAAAGACGAAAUCAAGUCCUCACUGAACCCGGGCACCUCAGUCACCAUCUCGAGCUCGGUGUCCACUACGCAAACCAUCACGCUGGACGUGCGCGGUCCUCAGAACGUCGCUCUGCCGACAGUUGCUGGCGCUGAGAUUGUAGAGGCGACAAAGGCCAAUGGAAACGGGCCAGACAGCACGGAUCCGUCGAUUCGAGUGGUCUACAAAAUCCAGCGAAACAAACUAAGGCAAACCGAACUGGAGCACAAGGACGAUGGUAUCGUCGUCAGCACACCCCAAGUAAUUGAAGUCGACGAUGCUGGGCCUCCAAGCCCGGCCCUCUCUGUGACCACGACGGAGAGCAGCGAGCCGCGUUCCCCCACAACCACCAGAUCGCCAGCGGCUGAGCAAGAAUCACUGGCUCUUCCCAAGCCUAGAAGUAAAGUCAGUCGAGAUCUGACGCGGCCCACGCAAGCGAGCGCGCGACGAAGCUCGUCUGCAAUCGACCAUGUGCAACGCCGACCCUCGUCACCACAAUUGGCUAGUCAGCCUGUCGAAGCAGCAAAUCAGAAAAGGACGAGGAUGCCUUCGAGCAAGCCGGUCACGCGUGCGACGUCCGAAACAUCAGCCGCUGCAAAGCACAAGAAGAAGGCGCUGCCAUCUCCUCCAAAGGAGUCCGACAAGAAAACCGGGUUCAAACAAGUCCUCAGAGGCGGCAGUCAGUCCAUAUCGAACAUAUGGAAUCGAGAGCCUUCAGCAGCCUCCAACCAAGGCAGUGCAUCCCGCUCUCAGGGGAAGAGUGUUGGGGCCAACGCGCGAGGGUCGUCUUCUAAACUCCAGCCGCCGCCGUUCCCACGUAACUAUCGACCUUCUGAGCAGCGGCCGGCCUCAUGCAGCGGUCACGAUGUAGACCCGGAGCAGAUCCAGCGAAGUUCGUCGCGGGCCAGCUAUGUCUCUGUCCAUGAGCGUCGGCGCGACUCCAUGGUAUCACAGACCGACUCCUACUCAGUACACGCUGGGGGAGACUUGAGGCCCGCCUCACCAUCGAUAUUGAGAACGGAAGUGCGAGGCGGCGAGACGAGAUCACGGCAACCCAACGAUCACCCGCCAUCAUCCACCUCGCCGACGAUGACGCACCACAGACGCAACGGCUCCCACGUGCCGAGCCUGUAUAGCCUCGCGGGGAACGACUCGCAGUCGUCCCUGGUUCUCUCAUCGUACUUUCAGAAAAGCGCCUACCGGAGUACGGACGCGAUGCGGACUCUUCGUCAAGCCGGCGCUGUCGAGGGCACCUUUCCCUCGACACAUUUGCUCCGCAACAUCUCCCGCUACAUGCGCUUCUCCUCUGCAUCGUACGGCUCCAACUUUCUCAAACUCCUCGGCAUCUCCAAUGACAUGCCCAGUUUGCAAAAGGGAGACGAGCCCCACGACGACAUUCGCCAUUUUCUGCAUCACACUGAUUCGUGCAUGGGCAAUGUGCUCUUGGCCUCGUUCGUGGAUGCAGGCGGUGGCAGCGAUGCCCAAGGGCACACGGACUCUGGCAUGCCUCUGGUUCACUACAUCUCGCUAGACCACGAGGCGAAAGCCGUCGUCUUGGCUUGCCGCGGAACACUUGGAUUUGAAGACAUCCUGGCGGAUCUGACGUGCGACUACGACCAACUCCAAUGGAGAGGACGAUCGCACCGAGUGCACAAGGGUGUGCUUGCGUCGGCGCGCAGGAUCCUGUACGGCUACGACGGGCGGGUUCUCGUCACCCUCCAGGAGGCGCUGAAGGAGUUCCCCGAGUACGGACUUGUGCUGUGUGGUCAUUCCCUCGGUGGCGCAGUGACCUCGCUGCUUGGUGUCAUGCUGUCCGAGCCGAACCCGCACGGCACGGGGUUUGUGACUACCACCACGCCGCAGGCCAGGUACAUGGCUGGCAAUCAUGUCGACGACAAGCUCAAGCUGCCGACGGGAAGACCGAUCCAUGUUUUCGCGUACGGCCCACCAGGAGCCAUGUCAGCCACUCUCAGCAAGUUGACCAAGGGACUCAUCACGACUGUCGUACAUGGAUCGGACGUUGUCCCUCACCUCUCCCUCGGACUGCUGCAUGAUUUCCAGGCAAUGGCUGUGGCCUUUAAGAAGGGGGACAAUACGGCCAAGACAGACAUACGCCAACGCAUCUGGCAAGCAUUCCAGACCAAUGUCACAGGUAGACUCUACAACACCCCGGUCCCGCUGGAGGUGCCAGACACCGAUCUCUUCCCGGCCCUACAGACCCUUCGGGCAACGCUUUCUCAUGAGAAGCUCCUGCCGCCGGGUGAGGUGUUUGCCCUCGAGACGCAGCGCGUUCUCCGCCGUGAUGCAUUCCUUUUCCCACAAGAGAACGAUUUUGGUCAACCGGCCAGGCGGAUGGUGUUGACCUAUGUCAAAGAUGUGGAGGCUCGAUUUGGAGAGGUGAGGUUCGGGACUGGCAUGUUAAUCGACCACUCGCCCAAGAAGUACGAGGAUGCUUUAGAAAGGUUGAGGCGGGGCGUGGUCGAGUAA